UCUUCUCUUUUUCCUGUUUUUCCUGAUUCCCUCUCGCUUCUUUUGGAAAGGGCAAUCUUGUUGUUUGAUGAAAUAGAAUAAGAGGAGCAGAGAGAGAGAGGCAAACCAUGCUGCUUUAUCUGUCCCUUCUGAUUUUAUCUAUACUCUGCAUCAGCUGUCCUGCUUCUGGCUGUCUUCCAUCUGCAAGCUGUUCCUCAGGCUCCUGUAACAACCUUCCUGCUUCUACCUGUUGCCUCAGAGUACAAGAGAACACUCCGCUGGGAACAGUCAUUGGAAAUGCUAGCGAGAUAAAUGAUCCAAAAUUAGCGAGCCUCACUCGCCCAGUCACUUUUACAGUUCAGCCAGGAAACAAAAUCAACGUCUCUUCAAAUGGUACCAUAACUGUCAGCGCUCCACUGGACAGAGAGAACUCGAGCUGCUUUGAUGUGACACUUACAGCCGAGGGUAGACCUGGUGAGUCAAUCCUUACCCCUCGAGUUGCUGUACAACUCCUUGAUGAGAAUGACAACUCUCCUGUAUUCACUGGAGUACCUAGUGGAGUCUUGAACAUUUCUGAGCAAGAAACCAAUGGCCCUGAAACAAAAUUUUACUGUUCCCAUAGUCUUAUUGCGUCUGAUCCAGAUGAAGGACCCAAUGGCACUAUAGCCGAUUACACGGUUCUCUCUCCACCCAAUACAUUUAGUGUAUCACUUGAUUCUGAUCGUGUCUGUUUGAACAGUUUGAAAGCCCUUGAUCGCGAAACUAGCACGACCAUCACAAUCAUCCUGUUAGCUGUAGACAAUGGUACAGUAGUCCAACGAAAUGGGAGUCUAACAAUAAUAUUAACACUCUUAGACAUCAAUGACAACAGCCCUGUAUUUAUUAAUACCCCAGUCAACAAUACUCUAAUGGUCCUUGAGACAGCACCCAUCAAUACAACCUUAUUUAACUAUACAGUGAAUGAUGCAGACGAUGACUCAAAUGCUAAGAUAUUCUUUCAUUUGCAGUCCUCUAGCCAAGUACCUUUUGACAUUCACAAUAAUGGGAGUCUAUAUGUGAAUGGGGAACUCGAUGCUGAUACAAAUAACUGUAAUAAUCCAGUCACGUACACUUUCAACAUUAUUAUAACAAAUACUGAUAGUGUUAAUGAUCCAGUGAAAGCAACUUCACCAUUGACCAUCACAAUUGAUAGUGUUGUUGAGAAUCCUCCUGAUAUGUCCUUUGGCAGCAGUUAUGGCACUGAGUUAGUGGAAGGUCUUAGCACCUCAAGCUGGAGCCAGGUUUAUACAGUUCAAAAUGAAGAAUGCAAUACAAAUUACACUGCUCAGAUAACUGCUGGGUCUCAAUAUGUUCAAAUUCAUAGACUUGGAAUAGGUACAGGGUGGAUUUUCUUCUUAGGGCCAAAGGCAGUUAUUCUAGACAGAGAAGAGACCCCUGUUAUUGAUGUACUUAUGCUAUUUACAGCUAACGGACUUCCAAAGCCCUUAAGCACCACAGUACCAUUCAAUGUGACGCUACUAGACAUCAAUGACAAUCCACCGUCUCUGAGUCGCACAACUUUCUCUGUUGAGGAGAACGCUGUAUUGGGGUAUCCAAUUGAUAAUCUACCACCUUACUUUGAAGACCCAGAUAAUGGGACGAACAGUACUUAUGGACGAGUGAUUCAGCUAACAGGACAGCAGUGGAUAUUGGUACGAGAUGAUGACGUAGCCGGAGCUAUUGAAGUAUAUGGUGAACUGGAUUACGAGUCAUUAGGUGAUGAGAUAAUGGUUAAUAUAACGCUAUAUGAUGCUGGUACCCCUCCUCUAAACUCUAACAUCACAUUGAUUAUUAAUUUGAUUGAUGUUAACGACAACGUUCCGGUUUUUGUCGGGAUAUCCAAUGGAAGUGUUUUCGAUAUUUCUGAAAACGAACCCUCAGGUACUCGAAUUGCUCUCAUUCAAGCGACAGAUAGAGACUCUGGACUAAAUAGCAACCUCACAUAUUCAUUAUUUAAUUCCACUCUAUUCGUCAUUGAUCCUCUUACGGGUCAACUUGACUCCGCCGUUUCUUUUGAUCGAGAAGAGACCAGUGAGUACAUGAUUGAUGUAUGGGUAACAGACGGGGGAACGCCACCUUUGAGCACUUUUGUGUCCGUAAAAAUAAAUAUUGAUGACUUGAAUGACAACCCGCCGAGUUUUGAAAACGAGACUUACCAGUUUCACACUCAAACUGAUCAACCUGUGGGAGCCAUUGUGGGCAUGGUUAAGGCAGAAGACCUGGACUCUGGUGAGAAUGCAGCUGUUCGUUAUAGACUGAUCAAUCGCGCUCUUUAUUUCAACAUCAACUCGAAAGGUGGAAUUUUCAUCUCUGAAACUCUACCACAAGAGGACGGUCAUGUAUACAAUAUUACUGUAGAAGCUUACAAUCCUGAUAAAAGGAUGAAUUCAACUGCUGAGGUGCAAAUUAUUAUCAGUUUUAUUCCAUCUGCUACUCCUACAACAUCAUCCAAUUCCAAUGAAGUAUUGAUGUACAUUGCUUACGGUGCACCUGCAUUAUUCUUUGCUCUUUUAUUUGCUAUCUUUACCACUGCCUGUUUGAUAUGCUGCAUUCGCUGCUAUAGGCAUCGUAGCCGGGACCUUUAUAAGUUCAACGACCCUCCGGCUCCCUCACCGCCAAAGAAAUCCAGCCUCAGGGCUGUACCCACUGCUGGGUCGAGAUAUGAGGACUCGAGUGCCUUUUAUAGGAAGACCUCAGCUGCUAGUACCAAUGGUGCUCCGCCUAAAAGUCCAACGGUCAAUUUCAGUGAUAAAUCUCAAGUGCAUUAUUACUCGACUGAGGAGACGAUGCUCUCAGAUGUCACUGACGGUAUAGGUAGGAUUGGUUUGAAUCACCCUCCAGCUGUCGUUGAGGAGAUUGAGUUAUCAGAGCCUCCACUCUCUCCUGAUCAUUGUACGCCUACUAAAGCUACUCCACCUGCUGAAACGGAGACUAGUUUGACUGCCAGAGGCGUCAUAAGCUCGUCAACUUCGACUGUCGUUGGUCCCAACUCUCUCUCCGACGACCUCUCCCUCUCUCCCGGGAGCACCAACACUGCUCAAGAUCUGUCUCAUAUUUAUAAUAAGCACUCGAAAGGCCCACCUGUGCUAAGAGAGGACUUGCUUAAAAAACACGACAGAGAGUAUGCAGGGUCCUCGUUUCCUCAAGCAAUUGUUGAUGAAGGUUCUCUAAGUGAUGGAGAGUCUACGUCUGAUAUGGUCAACCAUGCUCCUCCUUCAAGAAACAUGCCACGCCCUCCUUAUCACUUAAUGGGCGGGGCUAAUGGUAGCCUACGAUAUCCUCCUCCUCCGCUGAGAAGUGAAGAGCCAGUACUAACUACAGGAAUGAGCUCGGAAUUUAUAUCGCACCCGGUCAAACCGUCGCACUCCCUCCCUCCCCCUCCUCCCCACUCUCUCCCUCACUCUCUCCCUCACUCCUCACGCACACACAGUAACUCUGUAAUGUACUACUCGCACGGAGGAAGCCACGCCCACAAUGGACAUCCUCCGAGAAACAUGUACGAGAAUACGUACCCGUACAAAACCCACCAACAGAAUCACAUGAAUGGGUCCCUCCUUCGCUGCUCCUCCUCUACCUCCUCUUCCUCUCGUAACACGUCAGAUUUUGUCCCCCCUCCCCCCGGCUUUUACCGCUACCCGUCAAGAGAAUACAGAGACAUGCCCCCUCCUAGUCAUAACGGACACUCGGCCGAAUACCAUAGUAACCACGGUCACUCCGCCCGGACUCACAUGAGCCAUAGUCCCGCGUCGUCGUCCGCUGUUCGUGACCACUCCUACCCUCCCCAUCAUGUUCACCCGCUGAUACAGGAGAAGCUUCGUUACCAGCAGGCGGUGGCUCCUUACGUUGAUGGAUACAGCACAGAUGAGGACGGGACUGUUGCUAGCUCGGUCCUUGACGAUUACUUACAGUUUGAGCCUCCUCCUCUUAAGCACGACUUUCUCUCACUGAGUGUUGACGAUAUUAAACUUAGUUCUACUGAUCCUGACCUUAAGCAUGGUGGAGGAGGAGGAGCAGGGAACAGAAGAAAUGAAAGUUAAAGAAAUAAAAUAAGAACCAAUCAACAUUGCACCACUAUCCAUUAAUGUCAUAUGGCAUACUUCCCUCCAUUGAUCCAUUAUCAUUUGCGGUGCAUCC